UGUAUUUCGGUAGGAUACGUGUUGCCAAUCUCUUUAUGAGGAACUCGGCAUGGCCUGACUGUAUCAUAUACACACGGGAGCGUUUGGGGCUCCAUGUUACUACGGGCGCUUGUGAAAAGCCAGUAUAUGCUGUAAGAGCAAUAGGAUAAGGAGACAGAGCACUGCCAGGCUCCUCUCAUAGGGCUGCUACAUUGUGAGGAGGUUUAAGCAAUGCACCAACAGGUGGCAAGCCUCAGACAUUAUCUAGCAAAGCGCCCAGGGCAUUGUUUCACCGGAGUGUGUCUCAAAAUGGACUACUAUUGGACCUCAGCGACUUACAGGUUGAACCCGUUACAGUUACGUGAAACUGCACACAAGCUUGGUUUGGUGGGGGUGGAGGAAGGAAACGGCAGCUGCGCCUAGCUCGCUUUUGAUUGGACCAGAGCGGUUUGUUAGGUUGUUGCCAAGACGACGUCCGUGGGCUGCGAUUGGCUGGCCUUGUUGCUUAGGGCGCAAGGGAACAAGUGGAGUGGGAUGGGGGCGUGGCUAUGACGGUUUAGCCUUCAUAGAUCGUGUGGGCGGUGACCGUGUAGCAAGUUCUCGGCGUUAGCAGCUCGAUUUCCUUCAGUGAAUUUUGUGGCAGGGACUGUGUGGAAUUUGGAGCCUGAAAUAGGCGCGUAAAGUGUGAUAACAAGUACUAUGAUGAUAAUUCAGAAGAAGGACUAACCACUAUUCAUUCAGGAAGGCAUGAAUAUGCAUUUAGCUUCGAGCUUCCACAAAUGCACCCCAAGCGGGCACAAAAGAAAAGACCCUGUGUUGCUGGUUAUGUACCUCAGGUCCAAUAUCCUUAAGUGCCAAAAUAGAAAGAAAGGGCUACACACCAGGUGAGUCAAUUCAGAUCUUCGCAGAGAUUGAAAAUUGUUCUUCCCGCAUGGUGGUACCAAAGGCAGCCCUUUAUCAAACUCAGACAUUUUAUGCCAAAGGAAAAAUGAAGGAAGUCAAGCAACUUGUUGCCAACCUGAGGGGAGAGUCCUUGUCGUCAGGGAAAACAGAGACUUGGAAUGGCAAGCUGCUGAAAAUUCCACCCGUUUCCCCUUCUAUCAUUGAUUGUAGCAUAAUCCGCGUGGAAUAUUCUCUUAUGGUAUAUGUGGAUAUUCCAGGGGCUAUGGAUUUAUUCCUUAAUUUACCAUUGGUAAUUGGCACUAUUCCCUUGCAUCCAUUUGGCAGUCGGACAUCCAGUGUGAGCAGCCAGUACAGCAUAAAUAAUUGGCUUGGUCUGACAUUGCCAGAAAGACCUGAAGCACCUCCUAGCUAUGCAGAUAUUGUAACGGAAGAGCAAAGGCAGAAUCUGAUGUCUUCAAAUGCUUGUAACAACUUUGAAUUGGCUCUUCAAGGACCACUAUUUGCAUACAUCCAAGAAUUUCGUUAUCUUCCCCCUCCACUAUAUUCAGAGGUGGAUCCUAAUCCAGAUCAGCCCACAGAAGAGCAUCCUUCCUGCCCAUCUCGCUGAGGGAUUCUUUUUCCUUACAGACAAGACUCUAAACUGCCUGCAAGAAGUUAUGGCAGUUAUGUUGUAGAUGCACUUCAAAGGAAACUGCUUUUCAGUUUGGAAGUGGCAGACUUAAUCAGCCUCUGGUCGUGGUUCCAGCACACGCUGCAUUAUAACGUAUGUGUGCUGUAUAUGUACGGAUGCUCUUCCACUCCCUUGUGGGCCCAGUGAAGAAGCUGCUGCAUUCGUACGUGGUCAAGAGAUGAGGAUGCACAUCCUAUUAGUACCAAUAUGGAUCCGCUUUAAGAUUUGCACACUCAGUACGAAUUUAGAGCAGCUUCAUUUCACUACAGCUUUCAUUCUUACCAACAUACACUUCAGCUUGGUUGUGUUUUGCACACCCUGAAGUGAACUAAAGUUUUGAGAAACUGAAAACUUACAAAUGCACUAAGCUUUUUUUUUUUUUUAUUAUUAUUUUUUUUUGAGUUGUUCUAGCCCAUUCUUUUACCCACUUAUGAACAUGCACCGUAUUGUCCUUUCUGGCUGCUUUCUCAGCUUGGAUUCAGCAAUCGAUAUGUCUACAAAACAUCUAAUGCCUUCACACUAAUCCUUACUGCUGUAUGUUGUCUUGCAGCCCACUGUAGUAGAAUAGCAGCAAUUUCAAGGGGUUAUUGAAAUACAGAAAGGAGACCUAAGGGACUAAAACGCUCAUAAAGAUUGUACAUCUAAAUUUCAUUCAAAGACUUGUUGCCUUUUUACUGUUGCCCCCCCCCCCCCCAAGCAGAAUUUUGUUACAGACUUCCUACAAAUCACUUAAACUCAGGAGAACUCAUUACUUGCCAAACCUUGGAACGCUAUUGGUGUUUUUAUGUUGCUCUGUUCCAUGUUUUACGAGUUGCAUGACUUUGUGCUGGCUGAUACCAUGUACAGACAGGAAAAGCUAAAAAAAUGGUUCUUUUGUUUAGUUAUAUGAGAUUCCCACCUGCUUAAAGAGGAGGCUUUUACUAAGUUAAAUCAGGGCAUUAAUUCAUGUGGCACUGUAGAGUAAAGGUCAGUAGACCAUAUGUAUGGAUAUCUCUUACAGGGACGAUGUGGCUUUCCCUGUCUUGUAGGCCUAGACAUCCAGUAUAUGGCUUGCUGGCAAACAAAAAAAAAAAUUGCAAUAAGAAAUGAAAGAGGCUCCAGAAUAAGUGUAAAUAGUGCACCAAGUUGAUUGUGUGGUCCAGGUGCACCAGCCUCAGACCCCCAGCUUAAGCGAGCGUCAAACUGAAAUACACGGCAAAAAUACAGAGCUACAGAGGAAUCCACAGGCUAAAAAUUGUAAGUAAAAAAAAAUAAGUAUAAGUCAUAGUUGAAAGUAUAUGCAUCUCCGUAGGCCCUACGCGUUUCAUAUCCACCUGCUAAAGAGGCUGCACAGUAUGGUUGGAUGCCUAUGCUAUAUCUUAUUUGAAAGAGUACUUCCAUUCAUAGAACAAAACAAAUGAAUCCUUGUCCAUAGCUAAAUAGUGAGGUUAGCAGGUAACACGGAAACCGUAAAGAACCCAGUGCAAUACCUUGGAGGUAUUGUUCUUUAUGGGGGAGCAACUGUUCUGGUAUGAAGCCAACAACCCAAGACCUUCUAGCUUCCCAGUAUGUUUGUAUUAGUCCUAGCACAAAGCUGAUGAAAGUUAGGAAAAAGAACUGUUCUAGAUGCACAAACUGAUGACAUUGAUUUAAGUUAGGACAUUUAGUUCCCUCCUACAAUACAGCCCUUCCCAUGGUUUUCUUUGUAGAUGUUGUUUUUGUGCAAGGCUUCUGUACAACAUUGACCCAUCGUUCCUUUUCCACUGUCCUUGUUCUCCUGGCUGUAAGUUUUGAAAUCUCUCUUGUUUCAAGAGCUCUCGACGUAAAAUCACAAAAAAAAAAAAAAUAUAUGCUUUUUUUUGUUAAGUGUCCUUUUUUUAAGCUAAUUUAGUAAAAUAAUUCCACAAUGAAAGCUUCCAGAGCGAAGAAUUGUAAGGUUAUAAUUAGUCACGUUUUAAGUGAUACAGAAGAUAUUCGACCCCCCCCCCUUUCCAGAAUUAUUGAGGAAAUAAGAGCAGUUUGACAUAUUUUGUACUGUGUAUUUCUGUUUCCUUCAAUGUUUUGUUGGUAAGUCGGUUGACUUGGCAUCAGAGCUAGUCUUUCUUAAUGCAAAGCCCAGAUUCAAUUUCCUAAGGGAAAAUCGACGUUUAUACUAUUUAUAAGUAGGGCUUAUAUUUAUUUCCCCCCUCAAUAAGUUCAGGUAGCAGAAAAAAGAACUUAUUGUGAGCUCUGAAUAGUUUUACUCUGGGUAUCUGCAUUUAUAAAGGAGGGGCAGCUGCUAUACUGCCAACCUCAGCUCCCAGCAGAAUCCAUUAAUUUGUCACUUUCCUUGGUGCUGUUGAUAUUGCUGGGCAAUGCCUCAGCCAAAAACAAGCAUCAUGGCAUUCCCCACUGGUAGAAGCUAUGCACAGGAGGAUUGUUCAUUUGUAUACAAUUCCUUUUACCCUGCUGUUUUUUUUUUAAUUUUUAGGGGACAAUAAAAGCAGAAUAAGCCCUGCUUAGAAAUAAUGUUUAUUUUUUCCUUUACGAGUACUGGGAACAAUUAUUUUUUUUGUUUGUCUAUGAGGAAAUAGGGUUAUGAAUGAAGAAGGGGUUGACCAAUAAACCCUAAUAGCCACUGCAAAUAUUUGUGACAUUUAGCAUUAUUAAAGCCACUGGCGCUGUAUUGCAUGGAAAUGUGGUCAUCAAAAUAUGCUAACAAUUCUGCAAAGUUUGUGAAAGUAUUUUGCUUUUAAUGUAUAGAGGCAUUACAUUUUUUUUUUAAUAGUGGUCAGUUUCUUUUAUAAACCAGAAGUUGACAACUUAGUCCAGUAUUGGAGAUUCCUGAUUGUAAAUUAGGAACAUGCGGAGUGAAAUCCGAAUGAUAGAGAAACAAAGUGCAAUAUUAAAUGUAUGUAUGCUUAUAGAUCUGAAUCUAUGGCUGUUUGUACAUUUAUUUUUUGUUUUGGUGCUGAACAUGUUAUUGUACAGGCUCCAGUUUGAAACAAACUUUAUGUUGGAAAAUGUUUUUGUUUUUUCCUUUUUGCUCUUCCUUGUUUAAAAUAUAAAAAGAUCAUUUUUGUAA